ACCACCACCACUCCCGCUCGAACCACGACCACCACCACCACCACUCCGGCUCGCACUUCAACCACCACCAAGGCCGCAACCUCGACCACCACGACCACGACCACCCCGGCUCGCACAACGACGACGACGAGCUCGGCCGGCCCCGCCCCGACCGGCACCCUCCCGACCUGCCACCAGGCCUGGGUUGCCGUCUGGACCUACCAGGGCGGCUCCAUCGUCAGCUACAACAACGUCGACUUCAAGAACAGCUUCUAUGCCAACGCCGGCGACGAGCCCACAAAGUCAAACAACUGGGUCUCGCUCGGCCCGUGCGAUCCAAACGGCAUGCCCGACGGCCCUGGCCGCGACGGCGUUCCCACCCUCGCCCAGGCCCGCGCCUUCGAGGCCUCCCAGACCAGCUCGGACCUGUUCCAGAAGAUCAAGCGCUCGAUCGCCACCCUCGACAACUCGGUCGUCGAGCAGGUCGCUCCCGGCAAGGCCUCCAACCCGCCCAACGUCAAGCGCGUCGAGCAGAUCAUCCCCCAGAGCAAGUGGAACUACUACUUCUCGGUCGCCAACCCGCUGUACACCUACACCGGGUUCCUCCAGGCCGUCGCAAAGUUCACGGCCUUCUGCGGCGACUACUCGGACGGCCGCGACGCCAACGCCAUCUGCAAGCGCUCGCUGGCGGCCAUGUUCUCGCACUUUGCCCAGGAGACCGGCGGCCACAGCGUCCAGCAGUACGGCAUCGCCGAGUGGCUGCAGGCCCUCGUCGCCGUGCGCGAGAACGGCUGUCCCGAGAGUCCCGGCUGCAGCUACAACAACGGCUGCGUCGACCCUGUCUGGAACUACAUCUGGACCUGCGGCAAGAACCCCGACGGCUCGUUCAUGAACUACUUUGGCCGCGGCGCCAAGCAGCUGACCUACUUCUUCAACUAUGCGCCCUUCAGCCAGAUCAUGUUCAACGGCGACCCGACCGUGCUGCUCAACGACCCCGAUCGUGUGGCCACCUCCUGGCUCAACCUGGCCUCGGCCGUGUUCUUCUUUGUCUACCCGCAGCCGCCCAAGCCCUCGAUGCUGUUUGUCGUUGACGGCACCUGGGUGCCCAACGCCGACGACAUCUCGCGCCAGCUCGGCAACGACUUCCCCACCACCAUCCAGAUCAUCAACAGCGAGUGCCAGGACUCGCCCACCAAGGCCGCCGCCCAGAACCGCAUCAACUACUACCGCAACUUUACCGCCGACCUCGGCAUCGACAUCAGCCACGACAACCUCAAGUGUGCCGGCAUGGGUCUCUUCAGCGGCCAGAGCUCGGCCGCGCUGUUCAUCUACUGGGACAAGGCCGACUCGCCCUUCACCUGCAAGCUGGUCAACUACCAGACGGCCUUCAACGCCCUGAUCGACGACCAGUAUGUCUCUUGUGUUGAGCACAAGUGGAACGUGACCCUCAAGUAA